GGGAAUAUUUAUACUCUGGCAUUUAAUUUGUCCAGCUGCUGUACAUACAGUACAAGGGGCCUAAAUAUUAAUGCAUACAUAGUGUAUUCUUUCCCUGACAGAAUGUUUAAGACAUUACUGGGGUUCCUAGAAGCAGCUAUUUCUCAUAGUUUUGAACAGAUAGUAGGCUGGGCAUCCAUUUGGCUAUUUGGAGUAAAACUGGCACAGCCUCUUGCUGAGGGCAGAACUGAAAGUGCUUUGUAAAGAAACAAGGAUCAAGUUAGUUACCAUUUCAAUGGCAGAAAAGCCCGAGCUAUUGGUAGUUUUCAAGUGUGAUGUGAAGGGGGAUAGCUGUAAAAUAUAUUGAUGCUGAAACCCCUCUCUAUUGACAGGCUGCAGUGCGUUAACAAUCAUCAGCCUGGAAAGACACUGGGCCACUGCAUGGCCAAUCUGACACAAUUAGGGUGAAACGAGCCAGAAAAUUCUAUUCUCUCCAAUUCUCUUCUAUCAAUCAUGGCUUUAAAACGCUGCAGAAAUGAGAGACAGGAGAAGAAGAUGAGGAAAAAGCGUCAAGACACAUCAUGAACCUUAAAGUGAAAUUUCCAAACGAUUAGCCAGUUAUCACACAGGUUUGCUGUGAAGAAACCUGUUUGCUUUUCUGCCCUGAAAGCACUGCAGUUACAGAUGUGAGCUUCUACAAAAGAAUGCGUUUUGCAGCCCCUCAGCUUCACUUGUGUUUUGCUACAAGAAAAGAGGGGACCACACAGAUCCUGAGUUUCAUGCAAGGAAAAUUAUAAACCUUUUCCCGCAGUCGAUCUUGUCAUAUACUGAGAGGAUUUGCGCGCAGAGCUGUGCUGCUAUAGGCCUGGAAAUAGGUCCCACGGCUGACUCCUCUGUGACGACCAAUCGGUGGACAGGAUUGUAAAUUAGAGAGGGAAGGAGGGAGAGAGGGGGAGGAAAACUUUUCUUUCUUUCUUUUUUUCAAUAGGAGGAGGGGAGAUGUGGGCAAAUGCUUUGCCGACCGUGAAGCGUAACAACAAGAAGAGGGACAAAGACGAAUAUAGCAGGAUAAAAUGCGACAGACAGAAACCUCUUCCAACUAAAAACAGCAUCGGAAUGCGUGGAUCUGUGUUUACAGUGGUCUAACUGGGAAGGGGAGUCGAAACUAACGAUGGCAAGAAAGAUGAGUUCAAGUGUUAAAACUGAAUUGCGGACAAUAACUGUGGUUAACUUUGGGUAGCACUACGGCACGUCACAGAGUGCACUUCAUAUGUGCACCGGUGGCACGGAGCAGGCACCAGCUGCAGUUUGGAGUAUGAUCCCCCACUUCUGAACGGACAUGCUUCUUGGAAUGACUUUUACUGCGCUCUCUCUUUGCAGCCAUGCGUGGUGCUUUCCCUGAAUCAGAUCCCGACUUCCACUGUUGCGAAGCUGACCAGGAGGAGGCAAACCUAACGAGGAAGUUUGGGGAUGAUUUGUAACACAUCUGCAUCGACUGCGUUUGUACCAGUUUGGUUGCAAAAUACAACCAAGCAGUUUUCCAUGUAUGGAAAACUGAACUGCGGUCUGGGAGAUUCAGUGCGCAGAUAAUCCUGGUACUAAUGUGUUGGUGGAGAAAGUGCACGUCACCGAACUCCAUCCAAGCAUGAAAUGUUGGUGCAGCGCCCUGGCACUUCUCCCAUGGGUGCUAGUGGCCUUAGAUGCCCAUCUGAUUUGCUGGCAGGCGCUCCUUCGGUGCCACGACGAACCUGAAUGUGAUCUUGCGUACAAUCAGUAUCUAGCAGCGUGUGAAGGCAACAUCAGAGGUACGAGGAGGCAGUGUCCGAGCCACUGCAUCAACGCGCUUAUAAGGCUGAAUCACACCCGCAGCGGGCCAGACCUGGAGACUUGCGACUGCGCCCAGGACCUGGAGUGUCUCAGCGCCAAGCGAGCCAUAGAGCCCUGCCUCCCCCGCAGAUAUCCGAGCGAUGCCGGGGGGAUAGGGUGCAUGGAGGCUCGGCAGCGCUGCGAGGAAGACAGCAGCUGUCACACCUCUCUCACGGCCUACUUGUCAUACUGUGGGCAGCUGUUCAAUGGCAGGAAGUGCUCCUCCAAGUGUAAAGCCACCAUUCAGCAGAUGCUGUUCAUCCCAAAUGGCAUGCUGUUGAACCGCUGUGUGUGUGAUGGGGUAGAGAGACCUUUCUGUGAAGUGGUCAAGGAGAACAUGAGCAAACUGUGCUCAAUAGGAGACCACAGUGUUGUUUCAGACCAGUCUGAUGUGGAUGACAUCUAUGAGGAUGAAGACUAUGACCCUAAAAAUGACAGAGAGGAUGUGUAUGAUGACGAUUCUUCUGCUUCCCAGAGGUUAUCUGGCUGCAUGAUGCUCCUGGUUCUUCCUCUAGCAAGAGUAUUAUACUGAGAUGGAACGCUUUUUGGACUCAUGGCCCACAGUGGGUCUGCCAAAGAGUGCAAGGUCACUCCUGGAUUUGAGAGGGGUUUAGUGACAUGCUCACAGACAGCAUUAUCGUACUGGCACAGGAUUCAAACCCGGGUCUGCUGGAUAAGCAAAGCUGUGCUUUCUCUCCCAGAUCUCUCUGCUAUCCUAGUUUAGGUGCAUGGUGACAGAAAGCAGAGCAGUGAUUUGAGUAGGCUUUUCACAACUGUAGUAUUUGCAUAGUAAUUUCUUUUCAUGCACAUCUCACUCCGGAAAACUGCUCUUUUGAUUUGUGAUUCAAAUUUUUACAUGAGUGACCUUACAGUACUUUGUAUGAACCGUUCAUUUUGUGCUAAGUACAGUAGAGGGAGCGCCUAUUGUCAAACCUUCAGGUGAAGACAUCAAGAAAUUAACCAAACUACACUUUGUUGCAGGUCCUUGCCAUUUUGUGUCCUUUUAAAGAGCUGCUAUUUGUUUGGUUUGGUCUCAGUGGCACUUGGAAUGUGGCUUUAUUAAGCCCUUAGACAACCAUUGGACCCAUCCAGUCUCUGUUUGCUCUGCUCUCCAUUUCAGGGGCCUCUGCAUUGUUGCAGCAACCACACUUCAAAUAUUUUUGGGAACAGUCAGAAGAUAUGCAAGGGUGAGAGAUUAAGUACUUAAAUUAACUGAAGUGCCUUUCUCGCCUCUCUGUUUGGGGCCCCUCCC